AUGGCCAUGAGGACCAUAUAUUAUGUAAGACAUGAUCUAUCCUCAAAACAGCUUGGGCUCCUUCAUUUAAAGGCUGAGAAACAAUUACUCAUAAUGCAUGCCUCCACCCCUACCUAUGGCUUUGCAAUCACCACCAGUGCCUCUGUUUAUGUAUCAAACACUUUCCUCUUCAUCAUUCUUGAUACCUGUACCACCUGCUCUUGCUAUCUGUACCAUUAUGCAUUGUCACCAAUACUCAUCAGAAGAUUGAUGUUGGUGCAUGUUCUCACCUCUGCAAUUGGAAUACCUGUCAAUGGUCAUAUCACUUGUUUCAGGGGAUUAAUAUUAUUGGCACUAUCUUUUGCAUUUGACCUAGAUGUACAAUAUAUCGAGGUCUAUAAGAAUGAACAACUAUUUGCAAAAGUCACUGAUGCAAUUGUGGACGAAUGUAUGCUGUACUAUCAUUAUGUGAAGAGUGCCUGGCUUGGACAUCAUCCACUAUUCUUCUAUGUUACUUGUGAACACUACAUUGGGGUUUUCAGCAGAGAGCAUGACAUUAAACCCAUGGUUCAAGAAAUCCACCAUGCCAUAUAUGCUGAGGUCAAAUCACUCAAGGACAGGGAAAAAGCAGUCAGGAGUAGUGUUGCCGCAGUUCCGGUUCAUGCCCAGCUUUAG